CUCGAAUUUUAAAGUUUCAAGCGCCGUCACAGCAUUAGACCACCUACAGCAGAUAAGAAGAGCGACCAAGUAGAAUAGAGAAGGAAGGGCAAAAAGGUCAGCCAAAAAAUGACGGCGGCAACAUUAGAGUUACCACCAGGUUUCAGGUUCCAUCCAACGGAUGAGGAGCUCGUUGUGCACUACCUCUGCCGUAAAUGCUCAUCGCAGCCCAUUGCUGUGCCUAUUAUUGCUGAAAUUGAUCUCUACAAGUUUGACCCAUGGGAUCUCCCCGGUAUAGCCUUGUAUGGAGAAAAGGAAUGGUACUUUUUUACCCCGAGAGACAGGAAGUACCCUAACGGAUCGAGACCGAAUCGUGCUGCAGGGAGGGGCUACUGGAAAGCCACGGGAGCCGACAAGCCGAUUGGGCAGCCGAAGACAGUUGGAAUCAAGAAAGCUUUGGUAUUUUACGCGGGGAAAGCUCCUAAGGGAGAGAAAACGAACUGGAUUAUGCACGAGUAUCGUCUAGCCGACGUGGAUCGCUCGGCUCGCAAGAAGAACAGCUUAAGGCUGGAUGAUUGGGUACUCUGUCGCAUAUACAACAAGAAAGGUACAGUUGAGAAGCAAGAACAGCAUCUUAGCGUCAAGAAAGCGAUUCCGACGGAGAUCGAGGAGGAUGAGAAGAAACAGGUUGUUUUGCUGCAGCCCCCACCAGCUCCGUCGUCGGCGACAGGAACGGUGAAUGAUUACAUGUACUUUGACACGUCAGACUCCGUGCCGAGGCUGCACACGGAUUCGAGCUGCUCGGAGCAUGUGGUGUCGCCGGAAUUCACGUGCGAGGUGCAGAGUGAGCCUAGGUGGAAGGAAUGGGGAAACGUAAAUGCCCUCGAUAAUCCUUACAAUUACCUGGAUGCCACAAUGGAUAUUCCAUUUGCGUCUCAGUUGCAGGGGGAUAAUCAGAUGUCGCCGCUUCAGGAUAUAUUUAUGCACCUGCAGAAGCCGUUUUGAAGUCAGAAUGGGAAUUGAUUGUGUCAAGAGCAAAUCGCACGGUAACACGAGACUGAAGUCUGUGAGUGUGCGUGUGCGAGUGCUAGUGUUAUGUAGUAAUUGGAGUAAGUAGGGGUGAACAGACGGUCCCUGAUGGAUUUAGAGUUUGGGGGUGUGUAUAGGGCAGCAGCAGUAGCAUGUGUAGAUCUAUGGUAGUUCCCUUGUUGCUGUUGCUGUUGCUGUUGUCGUUGCGGUUAUAAUUGGAUUCAUAUUUUGGAAUAGCAGACUUGCCUUUCUGGAAA